UUGAAGAUUGCUUUAAUUGAUUGUGCAAUUUGGGCUCAUCAUAUAUAUACUGUAGGUAAGAAUUCCUGUGCUUAUUUUGCUGCUACUAUAGUUAUUGCUGUUCCUAUUGGUGCCAAGGACUAUUUUCAAUUUACAUUGUUCUGGAGUUCUAUUCUGGAUGGUUCUAUGUUCUUGAUAGAUCAUAAUUUUAAUACUUUUUUUCUUGAUUCUAGUAGUGGUGGUAAUACAUUAUCUUAUCAGCAUUUAUUUUGGUUUUUUUGGUCACCUAGAGGUUUUAAUUUUGCUUGUAUUGUUAGGCAGAGGAGAUUAUAUUUGACUGGUAAGUAG